AGGAGGAGCCAGGAGAUAAAGAUAGUCAGAAGAGGGAGAUCCGACAGCGCUCGUUUCCUCAGGAUGUGGUUACCACGACAACGAGAAACAGCGAGACAACAUCAGAACCCCUCUCAUCCACCUUUGACACCUGCGUAAAAAGUGUGCGACUACGUUUAUGUGUGUGUGUGUGCACGCGUGUGCGUGCGUAUGUUUGUGAGUCAAACUGGGUAUUUAUGGUUUUGGGUCUGGUGUGUGUCUUAAGACAAGCGUGUGUGCGCACGAGCGCAGUGUGUGCACUUUGAGUGUCUUUCCUUGCGUUUUUGGACUGUAUAGGACCAUGUGAAAUAUAUAGUGACUUUGCAUUUCAGUCUUAUGAUCAUUAUGAGUGUGAUUAACGUCAUUAUUCUUAUCUGCUUCAUCAAAAUGUGGCCUGUGAAUAUGCUGUGGCGUUUGAAGAACAGAAGUACAGAACUGUUACAUGGUUACAUGUGACGAGAAGGAGGAGGUGGGCGGGAGAUUGAUAGAAAGCCAAUCGCAGGUUUAGACGCAGAAAGAGAAAGAGCGAGAGAGAGAGAGAGAGAGAGAGAGAGAGAGAGAGAGAGAGAGGGAGAGUGAGAUUGAGAGCAAGAGACAUAGAGAGAGAGAGAGAUACAUAGCGAGAGAGAUAGAGAGAGAGAGAGAGAGAGAGAGAGAGAGAGAGAGAGAGAGAGAGAGAGAGUCAGACAGAUAAGAGAGACAGAGAGAAGAGACUGGAUGAGAAGAGCACUGGAGAGAGGAAUUAAGAGAAUCUGAACAGAAGAACGAGAGUGGAUCGAAGAGAAAUGCAGACGUUAAAUGCUGUUGAAGAACCUCCGCAUCUAAAAACCCUGUAUCAUCGUCAUGGAAGACCCUUCAACCACCAAACAGGCCAACACCCAUCCACCCCACCACCACUUCAGCCUCACCCGUCUCCAGAGCCCCAGGCCCGGGUACGCCUCCACCACCUGCCGCUCCCCCUCGGACCCCCUCCUGGAGCCAGGAAGCAGCGCAGAACACCCACCGCAGUCCUCCACCACCUUCCCCACCUCCAGCCCUUCCUGGAGGGGCGUGGAGCACGCCGCAGCCGGGAGGGGGCUCCACCACGGGAGCAGGAACGGUCUGAGUGACGACGGUGACUUAGGGGACCCCCUGGUCCACGAGUGGUCCGACGGCAUUCGGGCGAAGGAGGCCUGGGACGGCCGGGGGAGCUGCGGGAGUUCGGCGAGCGAGUUUUACGGGAAAGACGAUUACUGCCGCUACGCCGACCGGGCUUUCCACGAGAGGAACGUCGGCGUCGGCGUCGACGUGGAGGGCGAACGAGACGCCCGGGACAGUUUCGACAUGGUGUUCCACGACGACGGCGGCGACAAACCGGCCUACGGUCGCUCCGAUAGCUUCGAGGUCAGCUACGAGACGGUGUACGAUAAGCACGCCCACAGCGCCCUCCCGGUGAGCCACCCCCUGUUCUACGGCGUGGACGCGUUCAGACAGAGCAGCGUGGAGGAGGGCAGCGCCGACGGCCAGCCCGGCCUCCACCACGGCUACCUGGGAAGGGUGGAGGACCCGGGUUCGAGCCAGAGCUCCGGGGAAGGUCGAUCCUCCCAGGUCCCGGAAUGCGGGGACGGCGGUUGGCGGGGCGGCGAGGGCUGGGACCCGCAGGGCGCGGCGGCGGCGCUCAAAGCGCCGCCCGUGACCAACGGGAGGUAUCCUCAGAGGCUGGACUCCUUCUCCGAGGCCUUCCAGCCGUACCGCCGGAGGGGGCUGCUCGCGGCCGCCGAGGGGGAUCCCGCCGGCCGCCACGCGAGGUUCGAGGCGGGACGGGGCGAGUUCGCGGGCUGGGUGGCGGACAGCGGCCAGGGCUGUCGGCACGGCCCCCCUUUGGACCCCUACGGCCCCGCUCACUCCUUCUUCCCCUCCCACCCGUCCCUCCCCACCCUCCCCUCCCCUCCGUCCCAGCCCAUGCCCUCGGUCCUCAGCCCCCCCCCCACCCCCUUGCCCCCCUCCUCGCUGUCGCCCUCCCAAGGGGAGUGUCCGCAUCCGUUCUCCACGGGCCAGAGGGAGGGGGAGUACAACGUCAGUACCAUCCAGUUUUUCCCCUCACACGCCCACCCCUCCCCCGGCGGAGUUUUAUGGAAGCUUCAGGGACUGCCCCAUUGCUACCCACAGCAGUCAUGUGACCACAGGGCCGUCACCGAUGGCAACCACAGACCUCACCACGGCGAAGAGGGCCAAGGCCUCUCAGAACAUCAAAGUGUCCUAAUGGCGCCUGAAUCAUCCUUCAUGAGCUGCUCCCCACUCACUCCCUCCUCCCUCACCCCCUCAUUCCCAACGGCCUCCCCCCUCCAUCCAUCAUUCCAUCCGGCUCACCUGCCGUCCUUCCACCAGAGGAAGGAGGGACGCAUCACUUCCUGUCCGUCACAGGCUCUAGAGAUUAGAAACCCCUCGACCUACAGGGAAACUCCAUUUCCCAGCAUGCUUCACCACAGGGAGGCCGCCCAAAGGCAGGGCCAUUACACUCCUCGACCAAUCCUCAAUCCAAUCCGGCAGGGGGCGGGGCUAUACUCCUCCGCUUCGCCUCUCAGUCCCAGCCCAAGGGAGAUGGUCAGAGGGGGAGAUGUAGAGGAACAGUAUGCUGAAGAACCGUGUAUCAACGUCGGUCCUGACUUCCAGGCAGAGCUCCCCACCUGCCACCCAGAGUGGGAGGAGUCACCCUUCCCCAUGGAGGAAGCGUCGCCGAGGGAACAGUUGCUAUGGAAACCGUUCCCCCUGUUGGAAGAGAGUGUCGUCGUGCAGGAUCACGUUGAGCAGCUGCUGUCAAUGUGUAAUUCUAGCUGCCUGCCAGGAGGGGGGGCCAACACAGAGCUGGCACUGCAUUCCCUGCAUCACUGCAACGGAGACACAAUGGCUACCCUGGCGAUGUUGCUGCUGUCGUUGCACACGGCGGCCGGAGACUACCACUACUCUGGCAGCGACAUGUGGACCGACCAGGAGAGGGCAAUGUUCAGCGAAGGCCUGAGGACUCUGGGCAAAGACUUCUCCUCCAUACAGAACAUGGUGAGAACCAAGAGUGUGCGUCAGUGUGUUGAGUUCUACUAUCUGGGUAAGAGGCUGGUGGACAUGCAGCGGAGACAGGCCAACAGACUGUUAGAGGUGGAGGCAGCUGAAGCCAUGGAUCAGCAGGUGACCACUGUCCCCCAACCAAUGAGGACGUUGGUUGGACCGGAACGGGCGGUACCUGCUCCAUCGACUACCAUCUUCCCUUGUAAAAUGUGUGGCAAAAUGUUCUUCAAGAUAAAGUCGCGCAACGCCCACAUGAAGAUCCACCGGCAGCCGCCGGAGGACUGGAGCGAGCGCCGGCUCCAGCCCCAGCUCCUCGCCCACCGGCUCAACAGCCUCGCCCCCAACCUGGGGGGCAGUGGUGCUCUACUCCAGCCCCAGGCUUCUCCCCGGGCCUACUCCUUCCAAGGCCUCACUCUCCCCUCCAACAACAACAGCAACAACAGUCAUACAGACAGUGUUUUGAACUCGUUCGAGGUAAACAACGACCACAGCAGCGGCGGCAGCGGUGUUGCUCAUGCAAGCGACAUGCGCAUUAGAAAUGGCAUUAGCACUUUAUCAGCCUUUAGCAACAUGAGCGAGACAAACCCUCAUGAUGUUCUUGGGGGCGGGGUCAGUGACUCUGCGGCCAAUCAGAGAGGGCCUCCGAAUGUUCGGUCACCUGUCCAUUCACCCUGGACUCAGUGGACGGGCUAAGAACCUGUGGAAUCAAGUCGGCUCAGGGGUACUUAGAAGAAUUUUUUAUAGCGAGAAAAAAUUUUGGGCAAAUAAUAUUUUUUGUAACCCUGUUUUUUGUAUGAAAUGUUUACUUUUAGGGAAGCUCUGAGGCCCGUACUGUUUUUACAAAGAUGUGUUAUUGCAGUACGCUGAGUAUUGUGGACUGAAAGUUUCCAUCAGUUUGGAUCCACAUCAAUUCAUUGCACGCUCAGCUUGACGCACACACACACACACACACUCACACACACACACAUGACACACACACACACACACACACACACACACACACACACACACACACACACACACACACACACACACACACACACACACACAUACAC